ACCCGAAUUCAUUACCUUGUGUUGUUAGGAUAGUAAAUUUAUAAGCGAAAAAUUGGAAACAUUUGUUUCAUAAUUAAAAAACAUGCACAGAUUUUAUUUUAAAUUAAAAUUAAGUAUAAAGUGAAGUGCAAAGUUUAGAAAUAUUCUAAAAUGAGUGAAGUUCUUGAAAUGCACCCUCUAAAUUGUGAUGCUUCUCCAGCGCCUCGUCAGUCUAAAGCAGAACAUCUCAUUCAACAACUGAAUGCGACAAAUGCUAAGAAAGUAGCCUUAUUAAUGGUGCUUGGAUUUGUGGCAUAUCAUGGUAUCUUAAAUUGGCAAUAUGGCAGUGAUUCCUGUCAAUGGUUGUUAUCUAAAGGCCGUUUUAAAGGCGAUAAUGAAUGGCAACCGUACGGUUGUAUGAUGCAUAAAUAUACCCAAACUGAUACACGCCGUUGCCUACGCUAUUUGGCCUUUUGGGGUAAUCGCAAUUACUUUGUGUUCGUUGGUGAUGAGAGUAUACGUGCACUUUAUCAAAGUUUCAUCAAUCAUUUACACCCAAGUGACGAUGACAAUGUCUCAACAACACUCUUGGGUGUGCCAAAGAAUGGAGAUUUCGAAGAGCGUCAGUUGAAUAUGCACGCACGUUACAUUUAUGCCAAUCAAGUGGACCCGACCUUGCUGGAUACACUUAAUAAACUAGAUGAUGUAAAAGAAUUACCAGUCAUACUUAUAUUAGGCUUCACUUAUCGCAAUUUCCUUGCUGGCAACGUGACAGAUGAGUUGGUGAAGCAAUUUACCAAUAAUCUGACGCGUUUAGUGGUGCCAUUUGAUGAGCUAGUCGCGCAUAAAACAAAAGUAUUAUGGAAAUUACAAGAUCAUAUCAACGAAGAAAAGGUAGAGGAGUCAGCUUGGAAGGCAGUAUUAAAUGAUGACAUUAAUCGUUUAAAUGCAGCAGCUCUAUCUGUGUUUCGCUACUCGGACGUCAUUGUAUGGAAGUCAGCAUGGCAAAUAGCUUAUGGUCUAGUCGAUAGUGCAAUGGAGGGUUUCCGGCUGAGUGACUUAGGUUUGCGGCAUGAAGUACAAAUACUGAUAAAUAUGUACUGCAAUGACUAUAUGAACUACAAUGAUGGCACAUGUUGUGCCAGUGCAGAGCCUUAUACAAAUUUGCAGAUCGUUUCUUUCGCAAUAUUGGGUGUAUGCUUAACUUUGGUCGCUGUAAUGCUGUUACGUCGUUGGUGUCUACACCUACGUGGUCAUACAUUUUAUACGCCGCUUGUACAACCAUCAUCAUACCAAAAUCUACACACUGCCAAUGCCACGGCGAGCGGUAUAUUGACAAAUGGCUCGACGUCUUUUGCUUUUUCAAUAAUGGACUUCUUCACACCACUAGCUAUGCUUGGACUCAUUAUGUCCUACUUUUAUUUAUGCGAUCGCACCAAUUUCUUCAUGAAGGAAAACAAAUAUUACUCGGAAUUUAGUUUCUGGAUACCUGUUGGUUAUGUCUUCGCCUUGGGCAUAUUUUUCACUGAAGAAUCACGCUUUACCAAAGUUUUGAAUCGUGAUCAAACUGAUGAGUUGAAAGGUUGGAUUAUGCUUGUUGUGCUCAUCUACUAUAUGACGGGUGCACAUCGUGUGCUUCCCAUACAUAUGCAUAUCAAAUUACUAAUCAGCAGCUAUCUAUUCAUAACUGGCUAUACACACUUCAGUUAUAUGUGGCAAACUGGCGGUAACUCAGCCUUUGUGCGUUUCUUUCAGGUUAUGUUUCGUUUGAAUUUCGUAACAGUGAUCUUAUGCUUUUGCAUGAAUCGCCCCUAUCAGUUCUACUAUUUUGUACCACUGCUUUCCUUUUGGUUAUGCAUUAUAUAUUUCGUAUUGUCACUGCCGCCACGCAUCAGUGCGCAAAGUGUGGACUCACAUCCAUUGCAUUAUUUGUAUUUGGUUGCCAAAUUCAUUGGUUGUUUCAGUGUGAUCACAAUACUUUUCAUGUCCGAAGUAUUCUUUGAACGAAUUUUCCUAACUCGCCCGUGGAAGGCGCUAUUCGUGAGUACUGACGAUGAUAUACACGAAUGGUGGUAUCAAUGGAAAUUGGAUCGUUACACGGUGACUUUUGGCAUGAUAUUUGCUGCUUGCUUUCAUACCGCACAAAAAUAUAGUAUAUUUGAUGAUAACAAUCAUGGUAAUCUCUUUGCACGACGCACCUCCAUUACUGUUACAUUACUAGCUUUGCUUAGUGUUUGCCUAUACACGACAUUUUCCUUUCUAUGUCGUAACGAACAGGAAUGCGAAGAGAUACACUCAUACAUCGUUUUCAUACCGAUUGUUGGGUAUAUUGUGUUGCGUAAUAUAUCCGGCAUAUUACGCACACGUUAUUCCGCAUUCUUCGCCUGGUUCGGACGCAUAUCACUGGAAUUGUUCAUUUGUCAAUAUCACAUUUGGUUAGCUGCCGAUCGGCAUGGUGUGCUUGUGCUUCUACCUGGCUUUCCAACGCUAAACAUGAUCAUAACAUCGUUCAUAUUCGUAUGCGCAUCGCACGAAGUGCAUCGCAUAACACAAACCCUGCUGCCAUAUGCAGUGCCCAAUGACUGGAAGUUGGUCAUGCGUAAUUUCGUGAUAUUUUUGAUUAUAUUAAUACCGGUGGGACGUGCCGAUGGUAUGUUUUGAACAUGACUAUCCUUCGUUGCACCAAAGCUUAGAUAAUAACUAUGUAAAACAAAAUUAUAUUUAAAAAAUAUAAAGUAAAAGAAACUAAAGAAUUGCACUAAUGCUAUAUUAAGAAACACAUAUAUAUAUAUACAUAUAUACAUAUGUACAUAUGUAUGUAUGUAAGUGAAAAAAGUCAGAUAGUAAUAAAAAUUUAAAUUUGAAAAUUGUAAAGGCAAACUGUAUGUAUAUAUACAUGUUUGUCUACAACACAAAUUUGUUCAUAGUGCGACAUUUGGACCUUGCAGGUCGUUAACUGACACAUAUGUAGUCGUAGUUGUAGUGUCGAUUUAGUUAUUCAACUAUUCAAAAGGCGUGUAAUUAAUUGUUGAUAUUUGUAUACAAAAAAAAAAGAA